UCAUUCACCUCACUACACUUGCACAGCAAUGUCUUCCAACCAUGGCGAGGUGGUCACUGCUCGUCCCUUUCGUUCCGUUAAAGAGGCAGUAGCCGUCUUUGGUGAACGUUUAGCAGCAGGUGAUAAACUUGAGUCAAAUCCCAAUCCUAUAUAUGCCGCAAUAUCUCCCCAACCAUCCUUCUCUUCUUCUUAUUCUUCUUCAUCUCAGUUCAAUGAAGACAAAGAAGAUGAACUUAUGAUAGUAAACUCUUUGAAGAAAUUUGAGGCUGAGUUAGAGAGUGUUAAAAGAGAGUUGAUGCUAAUGAAGGAGAGGGAUAUUGAGACUGAAACCCUUGUGGCUUCACUCAAUGAAGAACUCAAGAAGAGCAUGUCCAAAUUGUCUGCGAUUGAAGAGAAAGGAGGUGUUCAGAGCGAAAGGUUGAGAGAAAAUAAGGAUAUUGGCAGAGAAAUGAGCUCUGAAUAUUGGCCAGCUCUAGCUCAGGCACUAAGUCUUGGUGUGGUUGAAGGGGGCUAUUGUGAGAGAAAGAGGAAGGCGAAGAUUAUUAAGAAGAAGCCUAUUGUACCACUUCUUGGAGAUAUGUUUUUCAAGAAGAAAGAGAAGGAUGAUGACCAUAAGACUUUCAAAAAUGCUCACUAGCUAGCUGGGGUAAAUUUUUUUAACCGUGUUUUGCAUGGUUGACGUUAUAUAUAUAUAUAUAUAUAUAUUGCUUGUUCUAUUGAGAGGUGCGGGAGAGAAGAAGACAAAUUAAUAAAGAAGAAUGUUAAGGUGAAAUGUUCUAAGAGGAAAUAAAAAGGAAUGAGACGGGCAAACACUAAAUAGUUCCCGUAUGAAGUCACUGGAUAAUGGGCUUAGGGAAGCACUUCAAGACGAGAAAGAACCAAAGAGAAAGAGUCAAAAGAAGCAUUUUAUACCUCAAACAAUAAACUUGGAGCUUUCUCAACAUCAUUAGAACAAGG